AUGUGGAUAAUUAAAGAACAUGUCUUAGCGAUAGUCAAUGUUCUUACGGAAGAACCUUUCAAACCGUCGGAAUCAUGCGAAGUAAUAAUUCGACAAAAAUAUGAUAAAACAAUAAAGAAAUACGCAUUGUGGUAUUAUGGCCUUGUCCAGGUAACGGUCUUAUGCAUAAUUUUAAAUGCUAUCUUCAUGGAUUUUAUGAGAGGAAAUUUGACAUUUAAAGCAUGGGUGCCAUUUGACUACACAUCACCCGUUAUAUUUUUUUUCGUAUUCACUCACCAAAUAAUAGGUAUGUCAAUCUGUGCAUCUAUAAAUGUCGCUUGUGAUAACUUGGUAUCCGGACUUCUGCAAGAGAUUUGCUGCCAGCUUGAGAUUCUGGAAUACCGAUUGACGAAAAUCUCAAAUGACCAACACAUUCUCUGCAACUGCAUUCAUCACCACGAUCGUAUAUAUAAAUACGCGCAUAUGGUAAAUCGCAGAUUUGCGAAGAUAAUUGCUCUCCAAUUCGCAGUAAGCAUGCUAGUGGUGUGUGCUAAUUUAUACAAAUUAGCUUCUAUUUCUAUCGUGAUGAUCAAUGGAAACCUUGUUACAUUGAUAAUGUAUACAGCCUGCAUGUUAUCACAGAUCUUCCUUUAUUGCUGGUUUGGAAAUGAACUCAAAUUAAAAAGCAUUGGAGUAGCAAACAGCAUAUACAACAUGAAAUGGCAGAUGCCUGAUAACAAAAGCAAGAAAGCCCUGCUGCUAAUCAUGAGACGUUCAAUGGUUCCUAUUGAAUUUAAUAGUGCGGUUGUGAUCACAUUGAAUCUUGACUCAUUUGUGUCUGUCAGUAUUAUUUAA